CAGCAGUGACUGAAGCCGUGGCCCGUCCAGGCGUCCAGGAUCCCGCCGCGCUCGGCUAUAUAUCGCGCGCGUGCCGCGCGGCGCAUGGUUUCAUGCCGCCUCGUGCCUCGCAGGACCAGAAGAGAGAGAGGGAGAAGGAGGAUCGAAUCAGCCGCUGAAUUGACCUCGCGAUUCGAGCGCAGAAAGCGAAAGCAUCGUCUGAUCAGCCAGCGGCGCCGCCGGAGGAGGAAUCAAUCAAGAAAGGAGGAGAUGAGCGGCGGCGGUGGAGUGCUGGCGGCGCAGUCGCAGGAGCUGCAGCUGCCGCCGGGGUUCCGGUUCCACCCGACGGACGAGGAGCUGGUGACGCACUACCUCUGCCGGCGGUGCGCCGGGCUGCCCAUCUCCGCGCCCAUCAUCGCCGAGAUCGACCUCUACAAGUUCGACCCCUGGCAGCUUCCAAGGAUGGCGCUGUACGGCGAGAAGGAGUGGUACUUCUUCUCCCCGCGGGACCGCAAGUACCCGAACGGGUCGCGGCCGAACCGCGCCGCCGGCACGGGGUACUGGAAGGCCACCGGCGCCGACAAGCCGGUGGGCACGCCCAAGCCCCUGGCCAUCAAGAAGGCGCUCGUCUUCUACGCCGGCAAGGCCCCCAAGGGCGACAAGACCAACUGGAUCAUGCACGAGUACCGCCUCGCCGACGUCGACCGCUCCGCCCGCAAGAAGAGCCACAGCCUCAGGCUGGAUGACUGGGUGCUGUGCCGAAUCUACAACAAGAAGGGCGCGGCGGAGAAGCCGUCGUGCGGCUCCAGCGACGGCGGGCGGGCGCCCAUGGCCGUGGGCUCGCCGCCGGAGCAGAAGCCGCCCGUGCUGCCGCCCCCCGCGGCGGGGGCCGGGUACGCGCCGCCGCUGUUCCCGGAGCUGGCGGCGUACUACGAGGUCCGGCCGUCGGACUCGAUGCCCCGGGCGCACGGAGGCGCGGACUCGAGCGGCUCGGGGCAGGCGCCGGCGGCCACGUCGUCGUGCGGCGGCGGCGCCGAGCGGCCCGAGGUGCAGAGCCAGCCCAGGAUCGCCGCGUGGGAGCGCACGUUCGCGGGCGUGAACCCGGCCGGCUCGAUGCUGGGCGUGGGCGGGCACCAGCAGCAGCUGCUGCUCGGCCCCGCAGCGGCCGGCGGCGGCGGGGACCCGCUGCUCCAUGACAUCCUCACGUACUGGGGCAAGCCGUACUGAGGUCUGAGGCCAGGCGGGGGAUCGUGGUCGGCUCGGGCGAGCUGCCGGCGAUGAGGCCGCGUGGAGCCCCGCGCGAUGGAGGGCGGCGGACCGGCGGAGCAGGGAGGACUGCAGCAGGAUCGGUUUCGGAUCGCUGGGGAUACUAGAUUAUUAACUACUGCGAGAGUUUGAACUAAGCUGUGUAUACGCGAUUGAUUUGGCGCUGGGAUUUUUGUGUAAUUUUGUAUUAGUGGUAUUACUGAUCAUGAUUUGGCUUAAUCUACACCUUGUAAUCACGUUGGUCGUCUCUUA